GUAGGUAGCGAUGGGGUUGGAAUCUCAGCAGACCAGUCCGGUUUUGGCUUGCAAAGUCCAGCAGCAACAAGUCCAGCAGCAACAAGUCCAGUCCGAGUCCAGCCCAGUAAGCAGACACAGUGAGAGACCAGUCAGUGCCCAGCACCGCGCCACGCAGCUUGUCUCAGCAGAGAGAUGCGACCGCGCUCGAAGAGACUACGUCAUGGCCGCCGCGAAGGAGAGUAGGAGAAACCCCGCCGAGACGAUUUGUCUAUUCGACAACGACAAGACGGAAAAGAUGAACAGACAAGAUGGCUGGGGACGAUGCUGCGAGAUCGAUACCCGAUGGGCCUCAGUCGCUUGGAUGGGGUGCACCACGGCCGUUACACAGGGAAGCCAUUGGCCAGAGAGGGGCAUUUUUCUGGCUUGCAAAACAUGGGCCAGGAGGACCAGGGCCGCUCGCACCCCACCCAAUUUACGGGUCACCCGCUGUCGCCGUCGCCAGCAACAGCCACCACUGGCACCGCCGAGACUGCAGCUUCGCAUUUGCUGGGCCCGCAAUGCGCAGCACGUUGAAGUGCACAUCAUCGACAUGCCUUGCGUUGCAAUCCGCGUGUGUGACGAUAGGGAUGGAUACCUCUGAGGACAAGUACGGCGACGAGAGGAGGGGGUUUGCUGAGAGGGGAACCCGAUGAAGUGUGUGGUCUGGAUAU